AUGGCAGCUCUGCUGAAGUCUAAGUAUGAGAAUGCAAUAGUUGGGCCACGUGCGAGUCAGCUACCUGCGAUUGUUCUCUCCGAAUAUAAUAUUACAGCCUCGUACUGGAAAUGUUGGAAAGCUAAGGAGCUGGCUAUAUACUCUGCUCACGGAACAGAGGAGACUUCUUUCAAAUUAUUACCGAUUUACCUCCAUGUCCUCAAGUAUGCUAACCCCGGCACCAUAACGCAUUUGAUAAUCGAGAGCGAGAGAGAUGAAAAAGAAGGAAAAUGUAUUACCAGGUUUAAGUCCGUAUUUAUGGCAUUGGCUGCGUGUAUAUCUGGAUGGAAACAUUUGAAACAAGUACUUGUUGUUGAUGGGACUCACCUCACUGGUAAGUAUAAGGGUUGUCUAUUAACGGCCAGUGGACAAGAUGCUAAUUACCAAGUAUUUCCAAUAGCGUUCGCCGUUGUUGAUGCAGAGUCUGACAAGACGUGGAGGUGGUUCUUUGAGAAGUUGUUAGAAAUUAUUCCAGAUUCCUCUGAUCUUACUAUUAUCUCGGAUAGGCACGGUGGAAUUGCCAAAGCUAAAAAGAAAUGGUAUCCACAGUCACACCACGGUGCAUGUCUUGUCCAUAUCCAGAGAAAUGUUCACGGUAAAUUCAAAGGUUCCGGUCAGAAAGGGUUGGUCGGAAAGGCUGGAGAAGCAUUCACAGUUUCUAAUUUCAAGAAACUAUACGCAAGGCUGAAGGAUGUUGAUUAUGGUUGUUGGGAGUACAUGGAAAAAAUCCCUCUUGCGCUGUGGACUAGAUCACACUUUUCUGGUCAGAGGUAUAAUAUGACCUCCAGUAACAUUGCAGAGUCUCUGAACAAUUCACUAUUAGCUCCAAGAGACAGUCCAAUCGUUGCAAUGCUAGAAUUUAUCAGGCGAAUGUUAAGUAGGUGGCUUGAAUGCAGAAGAGAGACCAUUCAAAAGCUGGAUGGUGACAUUACAGAAGAGGUUGACAAGUUAAUGAACCUGCAGCAGCAAAAAUCUGCUGCACUAUCGGUUCAAGGCAUUUCUUUGUGGGAGGUUGAAGUGAGUUCUGAGUUCGGUGUACGGAGGCUUGUUGAUCUGGAAAACAAAACAUGCUCAUGUCUAGAGUUUCAGACAUUGAAAUAA